GGUUUCCUAGACGAUCUUUUCCCAAUAGUGGUGACCGGAAGUUUUUGCACCGCUGACAUAAAGUUGUGUGGACUCCACUAAACAGACAUCCCAACCAUGGCUCCUUCAAGCAAAAAUCCAGUGUUUGUCAUCGGCGUAGGCAUGACAAAGUUUGACAAGCCCGGAGCCCGAGGAGACUACGACUACCCAGACAUGGCCAAGGAAGCGGGUCAAAAGGCUCUUGCAGAUGCUGGAAUCCCAUACUCGGCAAUUGAACAAGCCUGCGUGGGAUACGUCUACGGGGACUCCACAUGCGGGCAGCGGGCCAUUUACCACAGCCUGGGCUUAACCGGCAUCCCCAUCAUCAACGUCAACAAUAACUGCUCCACCGGCUCCACUGCCCUCUUCAUGGCGCGGCAGCUGAUUCAGGGAGGUCUUGCAGACUGUGUGCUUGCACUCGGAUUUGAAAAGAUGGAGCGGGGCGCUUUGUCCUCGAAGUACAUGGAUAGGACCAGUCCCAUGGACAAACACAUGGAGGUGAUGAUCAAGCGUUACGGGAUGGCGGCCGCUCCACCAGCUGCGCAGAUGUUCGGCAACGCCGGCAGGGAGCACAUGGAGAAAUAUGGCACUCGACCUGAGCACUUUGCCAAAAUUGCCUGGAAAAACCACAAACAUUCCGCCAACAACCCUUAUUCUCAGUUCCAAGACGAGUACACUUUGGAGCAGGUCAUGAACUCGAGGAAGGUGUUUGAGUUCUUGACUCUUCUGCAGUGCUGCCCCACAUCAGAUGGCGCCGGCGCUGCGGUUUUGGCGAGUGAGGCCUUUGUCAGGCGUCACCGUCUGGAGAAGCAAGCAGUGGAAAUCCUGGCCCAAGAGAUGGCGACUGACCUGACCACUACAUUCGAGGAAAACAGCUGCAUUAAGAUGGUGGGUUACGACAUGUCUCGCUCGGCGGCCCGCAAAUGUUUCGAAGCAUCGGGUCUGCGGCCUGCCGAUGUGGACGUUGUGGAGCUGCACGACUGCUUCUCUGCCAACGAGCUAAUCACCUACGAGGCGCUGGGACUGUGCCCUGAAGGUAAAGGUGCGGAGCUGAUUGACAGAGGGGACAACACGUAUGGCGGCAAAUAUGUCAUCAACCCCAGCGGCGGUCUCAUUUCCAAAGGACAUCCUUUAGGAGCUACAGGUCUGGCCCAGUGCGCUGAGCUCUGCUGGCAGCUGAGAGGUCAGGCCGGCAGGAGGCAAGUCCCCGGGGCUCAAGUAGCCUUGCAGCACAACAUCGGCUUAGGAGGAGCUGCGGUUGUCACGCUUUACAAAAUGGGAUUCAAGCAGGAGGCCAGGUUACCCGUCAGUGCAGUUGCCACAAGUGCCGCAAACAGCUUGGAGGGCUUUAAAGCGUACGCCGUCUUCAAGGAGAUGGAAAAACAUCUGCAGGAGGAAGGAGCGCAGCUUGUCAAGAAGGUCGGCGGUGUGUUUGCGUUUCAAGUGAAAGACGGACCCGAUGGGAAGGAGGCGACUUGGUUUGUGGAUGUGAAAAAUGGCAACGGUCGUGUCACCAGCGAAGCAGGGACGAAGGCCGACUGCACCUUGACCAUCAGUGAUCAAGAUCUGCUGGAUCUAAUGACGGGAAAGUUGAACGCGCAAAUGGCGUUUUUCAAGGGAAAGCUGAAGAUUGCUGGGAAUAUGGGCCUGGCCAUGAAGCUGCAGAACCUUCAGGUCUCACCAGGAAAAGCCAAGCUGUGACGGAAUUGAACAGGUUCUUCACUACUGACAAGCGCUCUGCAUGUCUAUUUGAAGAUAUAUUUCAGCGAGAAAGCCUUUAUAGAUGAUAAACCCCUUCUGAAUUGUUUCAUACAUUUGAAUAAUUGAAUAUGAAAUAACCUCAGGAUGGCAGAAUGAAAGAAGAGCGGAGGCGGUGACAAAAUGAAGCCCGACUCUGCGGGCGUAGGCCAGGGGCAUGUAAAACUGUGUUCCAUAAUUCAUAUUUUUGUGCGCACGAUAGAAAAAAACCAUUGUUCUGCGGAAUACACUGACGGGAUUUUGGAAGGACAAAUAGAAUGACUUCAAAUCAUUGAUUUUUACCAUCACAACAUGGAACUGCUCACUCAAUGAAUGCCUUAUGAUGAAUUUACGCAAUUAAACACUUCAGUUGUUGUUUCUCGUUUGUCCUCAAGAAUAAGUGAAACAUCGUGCUAAUUGUGAAUGUCAAUCUCUCUGGAACAUUGGCAACAUUCUGCGGCGCCAAAUCUUUAAUAAACACCGGCGGCUUUUC